CGCCCAUGCCAUCGCCAUCCACAACCUCAUAUGGCCGGAUGGCCAGUCAUGCCCCACGAGAUGAUCUGCAUGCAAGGUUCAAGAUGAUUUCCGCUGCCAUUGUCAUGUCGUGUUCUUCGAAACGUCCAGCUGUCGCUUUCCUUCACACUCAGGGCGGUAACUUGACUUGCUUGCAACAGCUGACUGCUGCGAGAAAACAUGACUCUGAGCAUGCUUCUGAGUUGGUCCAGGUCCGACUCGCCUGUCUGCACAAUUCACCUCGCUCAUUAAACUAAGUUGAGGACGAUACCUUCUGUCUUAGCACGGGUCCGAACAUCUUGCUACGCAGAAAUUGAGUUAAGGAAGCAUCAACGGCCGGUACUCACGGAUAGCGGUGGAAAUAACGUCGUGUACUAGCUUCUGGCCGCGCUCUUGGCAUCUCUCCACU